UGGAGUGAUUGUCUAAAAUAUGAAUCAGUACGUCUAGUGACUUUAACCAGUCAUGAAAUAAUAGUGAAAUUAAUUCGAAGUGAAAGAACAUGCGCUUCAUUUUCUCAUAAAUCUGUGUUGCAAAAAACGGCCCGACGAAAUAAUUUAUGGAAAAUGCAUUAUUCUGGAUUCCUUCCUGUGACAGAAGAGCAGCAAGUUCAGUUAAAUCCUGCUACUAUUCAAUAUUGUUAUCCACAAACUUCUGACGAACAAAACCAAUACUAUAAUCAACAAAUAUCGAAUCAACCAAAUUAUUCAAUGGUUCCACAACCAGAACCAUUCGAACCCCAAGAACCAUGCACUGAUGAUUAUAGUUGCAAAUGUGAUAAUUGUCAAAAUAAAUAUGGUAGUCUUCCUAUUCUUUUACAAGGUAUUGAACAAAAAAACUUUAGUCAAAUUAACGAACCAGAAGCAUCAACGUCUGGUCAAUGUCACACACCUAAAAGAAUCCUCACCUGCGAAUAUUGCAAGAAAACUUUCACACAUAAAGGUGAUUUUAAAAAACAUCUGAGGAAACAUACGAAAGAGAAGCCGUUUUCAUGUAAAUUUUGUAGUAAGAGUUUCGGAAAUACAUCGAAUUUGCUUAGACAUCAAAAGCUGCAUACCGGCGAGAAACCUUUCGCUUGCGAAUAUUGUAGUAAAAAAUUUAGUAGGAAGGAUAAGUUGGAUUGUCAUAGAAGGAGCAGGACUUGUCAAGAGGCUGGUACUUCCACUAGUAAUAAUUAA